UUCAGUCAUUGUCAUUGAAUAAUAUAAAUAUUAUCAUGUCAUAAACAAGCGACUUUAUUCUCAUCAAAUUUUGUGCAAUUUUGCAGUGAUUCACGGGUUUUAUUUUUAUAUAUUAUUCACCGACUCGAUUACACAUUAUCUUUAUCACUUUGUGCUUCGUCGCAUACAAAUUUUCCUUUUUAACGAAAACUCCUGACAUUUUACAUGUCUUCAAACAAUAAAAAUUCUAGAGGCAACAGUGGGUCUGCGGUUCAUCUUCGGCGACAUUUACAAGUAAUAAAAAGCACGCGGAAAAUGUUGACAAUAUGAUAUUUGGAGGGACAAAAACGAAAACAGAGUAUUUGAUUGGUUCAUCUAAAUCACUAUAAAUAUGGCAGCCUACGCUAGGUUUACCAUAAUAUAAAAUUUUCGCGAUAGAAGAUUGCACACAAAAAAGUUUUUUGUGCGAGAUUUAAAAAAACAAACGAUCAAAAAAAGUCUGAAGUGAAAAGUCGUAAAAAUUAAUCCGAAAAACUUACGAGAUUGUAUGGAGAGUGAUUUACUUUGUAUCCAAGAUAAACAAGAAUACGUGUCACGUGCUCCAUACGAUUCCAUUAGUGCUGAAGUUCCAGAUAGCCAUCCAACAGCUCCCGAUUUUGAUUACUCUGGUUACACAGACCAAACAGAAUUCUACAGAGCACUAUUGAACUCUCCUCAAUAUUGUCGUCGCCAGGUUCAACCAACGAAAGCAUCACAGUUACAUGCGAGGAGAAUACGAGGAUUUCGAAAAAUUGUCAAAAAAAUUGUAAAGUACAAACAAGUGACACAGAUGACUGGAACUGGAACAGCCCUGGUCAUAUGCGGCAUUGUUGUCAUUUGUUUACUGUGACUACAUCAGAUUGUUUAAAGUGUGACCACCAGAGGUUUUGUACUGGCGAAGAUAUGCUUAUUUAACUGAUUUACUUAUCGAGAAAUGCGCCUAUAAAAAAAUCACAAAGAUUGUUAAUGGCUUUAUACCUCUAUCAGUAAACGAAAGAAAAACAAAACAAAAAAACGAGAAUAAAUACUUUGUAAAUAAAAGGAGAAAACAUUUUGUAAAUUAAUUCAUAUUUUACUCUAAAGCAACGAAUUUUUUUUUAGUUAAGCGGAUCUUGUUCAUAUUUUGACAUUAAAAGGACUCUAAGUCAAUGAAUUCUUUUGUUUCUUGUCGAAAAUUGGUACCCUGCUUUUGGAAAGCCUUUUCAGGUAUGAACAUUUUUUUUAUGAUACUAUAAAUCUGGACUGUAAAUUUUAGUAGGGUAGUACAACUAUAGCAAAAAAGAAAAUUCUGUAGCAUUUAUGAAAGUGUAAAUUAUUAUAUUAAGAAAAUUCUUCAAAGUAUUA